CUUCUCCUUUUCCUCUCCAGGUCCUGCUUCCCAGAUGUCCAGCAGAAAUACUUGCUGGUGUGGCUGGCCCUGGACUACCUCUCUGACCUGCUGUACCUGUUGGACAUUGGGGUGCGCUUCCACACCGCAUUCCUGGAACAAGGGGUCCUGGUCUGGGACCGUUCCCAGAUCUCCCAUCACUACCGGCUCUCCUCCAUCUUCCUGUGGGAUCUCGCCUCGGUGUUCCCGACAGACCUGCUGUACUUGUUGGUGGGGAUGGGGGUGCCGGUGGGGGUGCGGGCCAACCGCUUCCUGCGGACCCCCCGUCUCUUCGAGGCCUUCGACCGGAUCGAGACGCGCACGGCCCACCCCAACUCUUUCCGGAUCGCCAAGCUCAUGCUCUACAUCUUCAUCACCAUCCAUUGGAACAGCUGCCUCUACUUUGCCCUCUCAGGGUGGAUUGGUUAUGGGACGGACGAGUGGGUCUACCCCAAUGCCAGCAUCCCAGGUUUUGAAAGGCUCCGGCGCCAGUACCUGUACAGCUUCUACAUCUCCACCCUCAUCCUGACCACGGUGGGUGACACCCCGACACCCCAACGAGAGGUAGAGUUCCUCUUCAUGUCUGCUGAUUUUCUCCUGGCCGUCAUGGGCUUUGCCACCAUCAUGGGCAGCAUUAUCUCAGUGGUGGCCAACAUGAACCAGGCCAAUGCUGUCUUCUACCCAGACCAGGACCUGGUGAAGGAGUACCUGCACAGCCACCGGGUUUCCCGCCGCCUCCAGCACCGAGUGGUGAACUGGUACCAGCACCUCCAGAUGAACAAGAAGAUAACCAACGAAGGCCUCAUCCUGCAGCACCUGCCCGGGCGCCUGCGGGCCCAGGUGGCGGUCAGCGUCCAUUUGCCUGCUCUCCGCAAGGUCCAGAUCUUCCAGCACUGCGAGCAGAGCCUGCUGGAGGAGCUGGUUCUGAAGCUCCAGCCCCAGGUCUAUGGGCCCGGCGAGUAUGUCUGCCGGAAGGGCGACAUCGGCCACGAGAUGUACUUCAUCCGAGAAGGGCAGCUGGCCGUGGUGGGCGAUGAUGGGGUCACUCAGUACGCCAUCCUCGGGGAAGGGCUCUACUUUGGCGAGAUCAGCAUCAUCAACAUCAAGGGGAACAGGUCCGGCAACCGCCGCACAGCCAACAUCCGAAGCAUUGGCUACUCGGACCUCUUCUGCCUCUCCAAGGAGGACCUAGCGGUGGUGUUGGCCGAGUUCCCCAGUGCCAAGGCAGCUCUGGAGGCCAAAGGCCGAGAGAUCUUGCUCAAGAUGGACAAGUUGGAUGUCAAUGCUGAGGCUGCGGAAAUUGCCCAGCAGCAGGAGGAGCAGCGCCGGACGGCGGCCCUGGAGGAUGGACUGGACGCCCUUCAAACCAAGCUGGCCCGUCUGCUGGCUGGGCUAGAGUCUGGAGCCUUCAAGCUGGCCUUGCGACUGGAGCAGCUGGAAUGGCAGAUGCGGGACUUGGGGGAGGAGAGGGAGGCGGAAGAGGAAGAGGAAGGGACCCCAACUGAGCCUUAG